UAUGGGAGGUAUGUUCGAACAGCAUUAUUCGGAGGCGGCUGGAGUUAUUCUGCCGGGCGACUCCAGCUACGGGUGAUUUCGAUUCCAGAUGACUCCGAAACCAACUCCAACUCCGACUCCGGACGACUUAGACUCUGGAUGACUUCAUCUCCGGAUAACUCCUACUGAGGAUAACUUCAACUAUGGACUGCUACGAUUGAUUCCGGACGACCUCAAAUCAUUUUGACUCUGAUUCCGGAUAAAUCCGAGUGCGACUUCGACUUCGGAUGAUUCUGACUCCGACUACGAACGACUCUGACUUCGACUCCAGACGUUUCUAACUCCAGAUAAAUCUGGUUCCGGAUAUCUUCGACUUGGAACGACUCCGAAUCCCAACGAUUUUGACUUCGGGUGGCUCUAACUCCGAGUGUUGGUUUUGGUGGUUCCAAAUUCGCCCGAUUCGGAAUUGAAUUUACUAUCUAGUUCGAAACCCUGGAUACGUUCCAGUCUGACUACAGUCUGCCAUCGCUAGCCCAAACCACUGGAGGGGUUGGGGGACGAGAAAUUCGAUACCUCACGGUGGUUGCGCUCGCUCAAUCACGACGGAUUAGCGUACCAAUGAAGGUUGAUUAGGGAGAGAUCAAUUGGCUACAAAUAGAGCAUCGCUUGGUUCGACCCACCGUUAGUAACGAUCGAACCGUUCGCCCGGAUACAGCAGAGCAUGGCCAAGUCACCGGGCAGCAGACAUAUCCUGCAGCUCUCCCAGGAGCAGGCUCGCCACUUUAUCGACUCGUUCGACACUGUUUUGCUCGAUUGCGAUGGUGUCCUCUGGAGCGUGUUCGACGCCAUCCCGGGCGCUGACAAAGCCCUGCAGCUGCUGCAGACGCACGGCAAGCGCGUCAAGUUCAUCACUAACAACAGCGUUCGGCCGUUCGCGAGCUACCGGCAGCAGCUGCUCGCACUGGGCCUGGACGUGCAGGAGUCGGACAUCGUACAUCCGGCCCGCUCCGUCGUCCAGUAUCUCCGGGCGCACCAGUUCGAAGGUUUGAUCUACUGUCUCGGCACGGAACAGUUCAAGGGCAGCCUGCGGGAGGCCGGCUACCAGCUCAUCGACGGUCCGCACCAACCGCUGCCCGAGUCGUUCCGGCAGAUCAUUGCGACCGUGCACGACGAUGCACCCGUGCGAGCCGUCAUCGUGGACAUUGACUUUAACGCCAACUAUCCGAAGCUGAUGCGGGCGCAGAUGUAUCUGCGGCGCCGUGCCGACUGUCUGCUGAUAGCCGGUGCGUCCGACAAGACGAUCCACGUGCGGGACGGCUGCGAGAUCAUUGGGCCGGGCUGGUUCGUGGAGAUGCUGGAGCGGGCGGUCGGUAGGCGGGCGGUACUGCUCGGCAAGCCCGGCUACCCGCUGCGGGCCGGUGUGGUGCAGGAGUACGGGCUGGAGUGUCCGGGCCGUACGCUGCUCGUGGGCGAUAUGCUCGAGCAGGACAUGCGGUUCGGGGCGCUGUGCGGGUUCCAGAAGCUGCUGGUGCUGUCGGGCGGUACAACGCAGGAGCAAAUGGAGCAGGCUGCCAACACGCUCGACGAGCCGGACUACCAUGCGGACAGUGUGGCGGAUUUGGCUCGACUGUUUGAACGAAUCGACGACUAAAGCUCUGCCCUAUUGGGGUAGGGAACAUUUAAAGAACCAUUCUAUGUACUGCUGGAUAGUUGAAGUUUUUCUAAUGAAAAUCAAAAGAAGCUUUUGAAGGAGACGUUUCAUUGCAAGUUUCGAUUCUGUUUCUUUCAUAAAUAACAAUUGAUUGCUCACGAUAUAAAUUAGAAGUAUGUUUAAUGAUCUGUUUAUUUGGACGGUAGAUCUUGAAAUUAACUUAAACAUAGUGGAGUAUAAAAACGUAAUUCAACCAUGAACGGUUCUCUUGUAGGACGGAUUUCGAUUCUCUUUUAGACGUUUUGCAUAAUACUGCAAAUAAUAAAAUAACUAGCUACGAAGCCCAGUGAAGUCUCUCUAAUGCCCGAGUUAUAGAUCGAAUGAAAGUGAACGUGAAAAUUAUAUUUGUUUUGCUGUAUUUAAUUUAAUUUAAAUCAAAAUAUGGCUUAUCGUACACUAAAAGAAAGGAAAUUUAAUUUUCAAAUAAUUGAAACAAUAAAACAAGCUAUGUCUUUUUCGUGGGAAUGUUGCAAACUGUUGAA